CGUCGUUUUAUCAUCUGGCUGUGUCCCAGAUACCAGUAUACUAGUAUCGGAAGGCUAAGGCCGGAUCAACAGCGCCGCUCCGCGGCCGCUCGCUCCGGCCGUAUACGUAUAAUACGUAUACGCUAUAAGCGGCGCAUUUUAUUUGCCUGCUUGGAAUCCAAUAUCCCGCCUGGAUGAUGGCUUUGCAGGUUACUGAGAAAACAUGUAUGACACAUAAAAAAGCAGUGAAUAUCCAGCUGAUCGCCUGUCCUGCUGGCGAAAGUGUGAUGAACACCAUGCUAAUGAAGUAAGAAGGAAACACGGUAAACGGAAAGAAAGCGAUGUUACGCAGUACGUGGGAAUAAAGGGACGCACUUUUAUUCGAUAAAUCGCGCAUGCAUCCGGCAAACGACUGGAAGAAUGAAAAUGCCAACAUGGGAAUGUGUAGAGUGACGACGAUGCGGUUUAACGUCAAGCUGCUGCUGUGUGUGAUCAUCAUCGCCGCCUGCCUGAUGAGCCUCUCCUGGUGGGCCAAAUGUGGUGAGUCACAGCUCGGCGACUCACGGCUAUACCCGGACCGCGCGGAGGAGUCGGGUAACCAUGCCAACUACCCGCAGGAUCCACGCGAUGCGAGAGUGCCCAAGCUGCGGCUGAAUCACGAGACGAACGCCGAGUCGUACAGCAACAUCGAGUGUCUCAUCAACGACGAGUACACCGUCUCGUGCCGCCGCGAGGGCAAGGAGGUCUACGUGCCGUUCAGCUUCCUCGAGAAGUACUUCGAGGUCUAUGGCAAGAUCGCCGUGUACGACGGACUGGAGAGGUUCGAAUGGCAGCACAGCUAUAGCAAAGUCUACAUUCCCAAGGGCAAGUACGAACCGCGCGGCAUCUUCAUGUCUUUCGAGAACUACAACGUCGAGAUCCGUGAUCGCGUCAAAUGCGUGAGCGGGAAGGAAGGUGUGCCGAUAACGACGCAGUGGGGCCCGCAAGGUUACUUCUACGCCAUCCAGAUAGCGCAGUACGGGCUGAGCCACUACAGCAAAAACAUCACCGACAAGAGUCCCGUCGUCGUCUCCUACAUGGACAGCGCGUCCAUCGACAGCGCGGCGCGGCAGUGGAAACUGCCCGACAAGAGCAGCAAGCUGAGCACCGUCAGGGAUGAGGAGCUGAAGCGCAGCGUGCUGGAGUUUCACACGUCAGACACACUCACAAGUCCCGGCGUGAUGCUGCGCCUCGACCGUGCCAACGAGCUCGUGCUCUCCACCCUCGUCAGCUUCACCGGCAACGGCAGCCUGGCUGUCAGCGUGCAGAUGCGCGACACCAAGGACAUCUACACGUUACACUACGUGCAGAGCGACACGGUGAUCAGCGCACGCGGUCGCGCCGUCUACUACGGCGUCGGCGCGCGCACACGCUGGAGCCGGCUCACGCGCGACCUCUUCAUUGACCUGCAGAAGGGGCUGCCGCUCAUCGACCGCUUCUCGCGCAAGGUCAAGCUGAAGAACCUCAAGGUCGUUGCCGUGUUCCUGCGCGGCGGCGGCCGCGUCGCCGACCUCACGCUGUCGACGACCGAGCAUCUGCGCUUGUUCUUCCUCGCUGCCGACUGGCUCGUCGCCAACCAGGACGAGAACGGCGGCUGGCCGAUCGACGUCACGCGCACGCUCAUUCCCGGCGUGAUGGAGCUCGCGCCGGGCUGGUACAGCGCGAUGGCGCAGGGCCAGGCGAUGUCGGCGCUCACGCGCGCCUACUGGAAGACGCGCGAGCCACGCUACGCGGCCGCCGCGCUUGCCGCCGCCGACAUCUUCAGCGUGCCUAGCGAGCGGCGCGGCGUCGUCGCGACCUACAUGGACAAGUACCGCUGGUACGAGGAGUACCCGACGACGCCCAGCUCGUUCGUGCUCAACGGCUUCAUCUACUCCCUCAUCGGUCUCUACGACCUCGGCGCGAUGUGCGGCGGCAGCAGCGGCGACGGCGCGGUGUGCACGGCCGCGCAGGCAGCUCGCGUCGCGCGGCUCUACCGCGACGGCAUGGUGUCGCUCAAGGCGAUGCUGCCGCUCUUCGACAUGGGCUCCGGCUCGUCGUACGACUUGCGGCACGUCGUCGUGCCGGGCAGCGCCCCGAACCUGGCGCGCUGGGACUACCACACGACGCACAUCAACCAGCUACUGCUGCUGACGACUAUUGAUGACUCGCCCGUGCUCAAGAACGUGGCCGCGCGCUGGAUGGAGUAUAUGAAGGGUAAGCGUGCCAAGCACAACUGAGGCUCGCAUGCUGGAUGGAGUAUACUGAGGGUAGCAUGCCAAGCACAACUGAGGCUCGCAUGCUGGAUGGAGUAUACUGAGGGUAGCAUGCCAAGCACAACUGAGGCUCGCAUGCUGGAUGGAGUAUACUGAGGGUAGCAUGCCAAGCACAACUGAGGCUCGCGCACUGGAUGGAGUAUACUGAGGGUAGCAUGCCAAGCACAAAUGAGGCUCGCGCGCUGGAUGGAGUAUACUGAGGGCUAGCAUGCCAAUCAACGCUGGCGUGAAGACAUCUGGUCACACGACCACUGACAGAAAGGACCACGUGACGUGUCCGGUACCGAUAAAGUCAUCGACCAGCAACCACUGCGACUCAGGGUGGAGUGUAGCGCCAUGUUCCGUCUAUCUUCUGUAUGGGGCACACGUCAUCAGUGCAACCGGACCGUCCGCGUGUCUGUAGCAGAGCCGGUCGGUGUAGGCAAUCGCACAUGUAAAACAACACACCAGGAGGAGAAUCGGCUCACUGUCGUGUGGCCAGUGUAGCUACAACCUCUCUCUUAAGCCAAACUUCUGCUGCACAUGAAAAAAAGUGUGGUUGUAGAAAAAAAAAAGUUGGUUUCGGUUACGAUCCUAUCCAUAAAAAAACUGUGAUGAUUUCCGACAUAGCAUGGCUUGUAGUAAUUCACGCGUGCGUGUAGACAGAAAAUAUGCUUAAUCACUUCCACUGUCCAGCGCCAGGUGGCGGUAGCGACCACCACAACCACAACCUAGUCCCUUUAUAUAGAUAUCUUCUCUAUAAAGGGACUCUACCACAACCACGGCACAUUAUUAUAUUUCACAGCAUUUCCCACCCUGAAAAUUUGUAAAACUUGGUUAUUGGUGGGGCAUACUAAUAACUAAUAGUGCAGUACAUGUAAUUUCACAUCUGGGAUAUACGAACACUAGUAGUUGCAGAUGCACAGCUAUUUUCUGUGGGAAGAAUUUCUUGGCAAUAUAAGGCAUUGCUGAAAUCACAGACUAUUUUAGAUAUCAGAAUACAGUACUAUAUGCUUUCAAAAUGAAAAGAGUGCAUGUAAAAUAUGCUUUUAAAAUGCUUCCAGUGACAGUUGCUAUGUGAAUAAAAUUCCAAUUGUACAUAGGCUAUUGUCAGAUAUGUCCAUUGUUGCCUGGAAAGUGGGCUAAAUUCAUGUGAAUUAUUUUUAUGCUAUAUAUUUAAAAAAUGGUUGGAUAUAUCAAUGAUAUAUUAAUGUAAAUAAUAUAAUUAAAGCACAAAUAUUGUUACUGUUAAUUGUAUUUAAAGGGUACGUGCUAUUAUUUUAGAAGUGACGUACCUAGGGUGACACAUGGUAUUUCAUGUCUACUGAAUUUUACAAUUUAUUUUAACCAUAAUGUUAUAUUGUUAGGCAUUAUAAAAACAUUACCAUUUUGAUCCCAAGUAUAUUUCUGAUGUUCAGUGGCAUGAGGUCACAGCAGUGCGCUUUGAGUUACAAUAAUGUUACAAUGUAAAAUGUCAUGUAAUUUCCUCAAAGAACAGUCACAAACUCAUGGUUGUGAGUAAGAGUGUAAUUUUACUGUAAGGGUACUCCGCGGGCCUGCAUAGGGAAGUUGAUGCAUUUAUACUGGCAUUGUUUCGCUUUAUGUUGGGGAUGUAUAUCAUAUAUCCAUAAACUAGAAAAUACUCAAUUUCAGAAUGUAGUUUAUGCUCCACAUUGAUUGCAGCAUGUACUUUUUAUGCAUUCAAUAUCAAUAUUGACAAUAUUAUAUAAAUCAUAAUACCUAGGUGAAAGGAACUAACCGGCAACAUUGUUUUAUCAUUCGAUGUUCAUGCUCAUGUCUGUGCCCGACGCCGAAUGGCAUAUCGCUCCUGGUUUUACACUGAUUUGAGGGUAGUGAGUGUGUUUACAAGUGUGUGCCUUCCAGAUUCUACUAGAAAAUUAUCGGCUAGGGGCCUAGGGUUUACGUGCCCUGUGCAAACAGGUGGCACCCCCAUAUUCAGGUUGUUAUUCUGGCUUCUGGUAUUAUAGCAGCAUUCUAAGUGGUUCUAGACAGGCUCUUAAUCGGUGCAAAACGAUUCCAGGAACUAGCGCCGAUAAUUUUAAAAUAUGUCGCAAUUUUAUUUGCACUAUUUUCGGUUCUGGGGGCGAUACGUAAUAUGUUCAAGAGCUAAUAAUAAUAGGUAUUAUUAGCUCUUGAUAUGUUCAUGGUAUCAGCAAUCACGACCCACCUGUAGCAACCCACCUGGGCAUUCAUUGCAAGUGGCAGUGGGGAAAAUCUAUGCGCGUACAAAGUGAAUACUAUGUGUCACAAGAGGAAUACAAUUUUUAAUAGGCAUUUUGCAGAGGCUGCUCGUCAGCAUAGAUGGGGAAACAACAAGACCAGAUCGUCCGUGAAGGGUUACUACGUACGGGCGAUACAAUAAUGGCUUUGCCUGUAUGGGCUACAUCUUUUCUGUACCAUUUAUCGUGUUCGUUUAUCAUUAUGGGAAACUGUAAAUAAAGGACGUACGCAGUCGGUGGUAAAUUUUGAA